CCCACCUCUCUCUCUCUCUCUCUCUCUCUCAUAAAGCUUCUAGGCCAAGCCAAUGGCUUCUCACUCUCUAGAGCUCUCUCUCUUCUUCUUCCUCUUCAUCCUCUUGUCCAGCUCCAUUUCCUCCUCCACCGCUGCCCUGGUCCAGCAACAACCCCUCGUCCUCAAGUACCACAACGGAGCUCUUCUCAAGGGCAACAUCACCGUCGACCUCGUGUGGUACGGUCGCUUCACUCCCACCCAGCGCUCCGUCAUCGUCGACUUCAUCCGCUCCCUCGGCUACGCCCGCUCCCCUCCCCCCUCCGCUGCCUCCUGGUGGCGCACCACCGAGAAGUACAAGGGCGGCGGCUCCAACCUCAUCGUCGGGAGGCAGGCCCUCCACGAGGCGUACACCCUCGGGAAGUCCCUCAAGAACCGCCACCUCCGCGCCCUCGCCGGCAAGUUCAACGCGGCCCCCGGCUCCAUCACCGUCGUCCUCACGGCGGCGGACGUCGCCGUGGAGGGGUUCUGCAUGCGGUGCGGGACGCACGGGUCGGCUCGGCCCGGGUCCACGUUCGUGUGGGUCGGGAACUCGGAGACGCAGUGCCCGGGGCAGUGCGCGUGGCCGUUCCACCAGCCCAUGUACGGCCCGCAGACUCCGCCGCUGGUGGCGCCGAGCGGCGACGUCGGGGCCGACGGCAUGGUGAUCAACCUGGCGACGCUCCUCGCCGGCGCCGUCACGAACCCGUUCGGGAGCGGGUACUUCCAGGGCCCGGCGGACGCGCCGCUGGAGGCGGUGUCGGCGUGCACGGGGAUAUACGGGUCGGGCGCGUACCCGGGCUACCCGGGCCAGCUCCUGGUGGACAAGGCGACGGGGGCGAGCUACAACGCCCACGGGCUCGGUGGCCGGAAGUUCCUGUUGCCGGCGAUGUGGGACCCGGAGACAUCCGCCUGCAAGACCCUCGUGUGAUCGCGCCGCGUGGACGACGAAGGACAUCAUCGUCGUCAUCCAUGUACUACGGUCUGUAGAUAUUGCGGGGGCGGUUCGCUGUACUGUUGUAUUAUAACUCUGUCUGGACUCGGUUCGCGGUUUGACCGAGAGAUCCGAGUCGAACCCGGGUCGGUUCAAUUUGGACCGGGUUUAGACCGGGAAUGGGCGACGGUCAGUGUUGUGUGUCGCGAGGUUCGAGGGAUGUGGGAUAAAGACGAGUCGAGACUCGUUCUCUCUUGGUUUUCUUUGGGGUUUCUUUUCUUUUCUUUUUUUCUCCCUCAGUUUUUCUUUGGCACCGGUUGUGGUAGGAGUAAUAAUUGUAUAAAGAAAACGGAGAAAGAGAAUAUAUACAAAUUAUAAUGAGUUUAUAAA